AUGGGUGGAGGCGGCGGCGGCGGUGGGUGGCGGUUAUGGGUGGCACGCGCACAGGAAGGCGUGGGCGUGCUCGGUGUGCUGGGCGUCGACCCGGAAGAGGUGGUCGCGAGGAAGACCGGGUGGUACCACCAGGCGCUGAAGCUGGGGGGAAGAGGUGCAGCCACUGAAAUCAAAGAAAAGCAGCAGCUCCACUUCCGGCUGCUCGAGCGGAAGCCCGAGUUCGAGGUCCU